AUGAAGAUGAUCCCAAGAAACAGAUCACAGCACAAAUUCCGCCCAAGAUCCAACACUACGUUCUGGUCUCGUCGAUGGAUAUGGUUCCGCUGGCUGGGAUAUCUAACCUGCCUUGUCACCGUGUUCCGGGUCUACUCAUUUCUCGUCCAGAAUCCAGAGACGAACAUUCUUCGGACUGUUUUUGAUUCUUUCUGUCGGCCUGGAAUCCUUCGACCAGGUCAAUACAAGCAGAUUGUGGGAUUUGUGCCAGCAACAUAUGAAGUGCCAUAUGAAGACCCCGAUUUGGAUCAAAAGGGAUUAGUUCAUGACCGCAGAGACAAGCAGUUCUACCUCGGCGGUACACUUACCUUGACAAGUAUCAAAUCCAUCAAUGCCUCGCACCCGACUCCCUUCAUCUACGACCCAUACCCAGCAUACAACAGUCGAAAGUGGAAGAAGCAAUACCACGGCAAGUUUCAGCCAUGUAUGGGUCCGCGGGGCCAUUUCCUCGACCGCAGACGACCAGAAGAUAUGAUCCAAGUCUAUAAGGGCCAACAGACCGGAUUCCCCGAGCCGAAAUUUGGAUCACACGAGGCCAUGGACCUAGACGGCGACGUGUGCACAGAUCGCUAUUCCCGCUUUGGGGCAUAUGGGUUCGAUGAAAGGGGCGAGGAUGAAGUACCUGGUUUCUCACGGCCACCUAUUGUACCCUGGCACCGGGUUGACUGGCACGAAUUGCAAUCUCAAUGUUUGGAGCGAAAUGCUGGUAGAUAUAAGACAAAUGACGUGGUAAAUGUCUCUAUGCAGAGUCCACUGUCUUUUGAUCUUCCUGAUAGCCCCCAUAAGACGUGGGACUCGCCUCCUAUUCCGGCGUCGAAUGUCAAGCGUUACCACCAUCGCACUGCGCUGUUGAUUAGGGCUUGGAAUGGGUUGACUUGGAAGCCACAUCAUCGGGAGUACCUCCGGGCGCUUAUCAUGGAGCUUUCUUUACAUUCUGGUGGGGAGUAUCAGAUCUUUCUCCUGAUUCAUGUCAAGGAUGAUGAGAUGCCAAUCUUCUCGGAUGCGAGGACCAUCAGUCAGCUUAAGAGGACUGUUCCUGAGGAAUUUCGGAAUAUGACUCUCUUUUUUAAUAACAAACUCCUGGAGGCUUGGUAUCCAAAGAUAGAAGAGCAUACUCCCCAGCUUCAACACCACCAGCCACUGCAGAUAUUUGCCCAGUUAUAUCCCAGCUUCGAUUACUACUGGCAACUAGAAAUGGACGGUCGACACACAGGACACACCUACCACUUCCUCGAACAAUCAGUCUCAUUCGCAAAAGCCCAGUCGCGAAAAUACCUCUGGGAACGAAACGCUUACUUCUACACCCCCGGUGCACACGGCAACUGGAGCGAAUUCAGCCAUAUGGUUGACAAAAGCCUAGAGGGCCUUUCAAGCCAAACAGUCUGGGGCCCCGUCUCCGGUACAGGAAUCAGACCGCUGGGCCCCGAUCCCCCAGUCCCGCACCCAGACCACGACAACCACACCUGGGGCGUCGGAGAAGAAGCAGACUUCAUAACCUUCCUACCAAUCUUCAACCCAAAAGACACAGAAUGGACCUUCCCCGACAAGAUCUGGAACUUCAAAUACGGCGACGAAACACCGCGCCGCGCAGCUGUUAUUACUAUGGGUCGGUACUCGAAGCGACUCCUCGAUCUGAUCCAUGAUGCUCAAGCAACAAAGGGUCUCGGUCUUGCCUCUGAGAUGACGGGUGCGUCGUGGUCGCUUUUCCACGGCCUGAAGGCUGUGUGUGUACCUCAUCCUAUCUAUGCGGAUGGCCAGUGGACACCGCAGGAACUGGCGCGCAUUUACAACCCUGGUUCGCCGGAGAAUAUUAAUGGCGGUCCGGACAGUAUUUGGAAUUUUGAUCAUAUUUUUGAUCAUAUUACCUACCGGCUGUCGUAUAUGUUUACGACGCACAGCGCGGAGGAUAUGUACAGGCGUUGGCUGGGGUUUAGGACUGCGGAGCAUGAGGGUGGGAAGACAUCGUAUGAGGAUCGCUUUGGGAGACAUUGUUUUCCGUCUAUGUUUCUUCAUACGAUUAAGAAUACAGCUCAUGGGAUGGGACCGGACAGGGCUGUUCCGUGA